AUGGCUGCACACAGGCAAAUAGUUCAAAGGCAACGUAUUCUGCGUAAUUUUCGCGACAGAUCAAAUCCACUGGAGGAAUUGACUGCAGAUGAAGUUUUCGCAAGAUAUCGUUUUCACCCAGACACUAUAAUGGAUGUCCUACGACGACUGCCUGACUUAUCAUCACCAACGCAGAGGAACAUUCCUGUGCCACCCCUUCUUCAGGUGCUAGUGACCCUUAGAUUUCUCGGAACGGGUGCCACUCAUAUCCUAGUUGGUGAUGAUAUCAAGAUAUCGAGGUCAACAGCUGGGAGGUGCAUUAGGCGUGUAUCUUCACUCAUUGCGGAAUUGGCACCACAGUUUAUUUCAUUUCCUAGAGGAGACCGGGCACGUCAAGUCAUGGUGGAAUUUUCCCACAUUUCAGGAUUUCCAAGAGUUUUGGGCUGCAUAGAUGGAACGCACAUAAGAAUAACCAAACAAUCUGGGCCCCAGGAGGCAGAUUUUGUCAACAGAAAGCAGUACCAUUCUCUAAAUGUCCAGAUGGUCUGUGAUCCCUCUUUUAAAAUCACAAGCAGCAGCUGUAACUGGCCAGGGGCUACUCACGACAACAGGAUAUUUAAAAUGUCUGCAUUAUGUCAGCAAUUUGAACAAGGUGACCAUGAUGGCCUUCUACUUGGUGAUUCGGGUUACCAGUGCCGCCCAUUUCUCAUGACACCUUUUGUAAGUCCUGCAAAUGAAAGUGAAAAGCAAUACAACAAUUCAUUAUGUAGGACUGUUGAAAGUAAAAACAUGCUUUAG